AAAGACAAAAAAAAAAAAAAAAAAAAAUUGGGAAAAAUGGCAAGAGUGUGACUGAAUUUGGGUGGCUGAAGUCACUUGUGCCCGAUUUCAAAAAAGGUUCUGAUUUCCACCCUGGCAACAAUUUUCGACUCGCUUGCUAUUACAGACCACUAUGCUCCAUUUACUUGGUGUCAAUUUACCCGACCGAAAACUCGUUAGCACGGCAUUACAAUACUUUUAUGGCAUUGGCGAGCCCACAGCCGUCAAGAUGUGCGACCGUCUGGCGAUUCCCAAAACGCUCAAAGUGGCCGAACUCAACGAAGUGCAGGUCAACGAACUGACAAACACAUUGGCGGCCAUGACCAUCGAAAGCGAUUUGAAGCGUCAAGUGCGUGAACAGGUCAUGCAUCACCGUAAUAUCGGCAACUAUAUCGGAAAACGACAUGCGAUGAGUUUGCCCGUGCGUGGACAGCGAACAAGAAACAAUGCAAAGACAGCAAAGAGAUUAAACGGUCGAUGGGUGCAACGUCGAGGAUUCAGCUUGUGGGCGCAAGCACAACAGAGUCCAAUGGAACAAUUUCUCAAUAGAUUCAUGUAAAUUUUCAUAUAACAAAAUAAAAACAAAUCCCACACUGUCGUUUGUAGAAUUUGGAUGACACUAUAUUUACGAAUGAUAUGUUCAAGCAAAUCAUCCCCCU